CUUCAAAGCUAGUACCACAGUUCACAAAGAGGAAGUCUGGCCUGCUACGAGGCCAAACUGCCCAGGUCUGUGGCUGCGUUUCUCGGAAAACCAAAACUAACAGGCACAUACAAGGCACUCUCUGCUGAAGGACUCUGCUGAGGGGAGAGAACAUGUCAACUCUAUCUUACAGAGUGCUCCAGGAUGCGACCGUGGACCCCCUUUCCAGGAGCUAGCCGUCUCAACACUGAGCCCUUGACUAAAGGAAGACUGAGCAGGCUGAGUUGAAGAUCCCUCUCCUUUGCCAGGUGCCAAGGACCAUGACCAGCCAGUCAUGGCCAAGCCUCAGCAGUGCCAAAGGGCGGUGUCGAGCGGUUCUGGAACCACUUCCGGAUCACAGAAGGAACUUGGCUGGGGUCCCAGGUGGAGAAAAAUGCAACAGUAACAACGACUACGAAGAUCCUGAGUUCCAGCUGCUGAAGGCAUGGCCAUCAAUGAAAAUUUUACCAGCCAGACCUAUCCAGGAAUCGGAAUACGCAGAUACACGCUAUUUCCAGGAUACGAUGGAGGCUCCCCUUCUGUUACCUCCCAAGGCUUCUGUCUCCACUGAGAGACAAACCAGGGAUGUGAGGAUGACACAUCUGGAAGAAGUGGACAAGCCUACCUUCAAGGAUGUCAGAAGCCAACGCUUUAAAGGAUUCAAAUACACAAAAAUAAACAAGACUCCUUUGCCACCUCCUCGGCCUGCUAUCACUCUCCCCAAGAAGUACCAACCCUUACCCCCAGCACCACCAGAGGAGAGCAGUGCAUACUUCGCUCCAAAGCCCACCUUUCCAGAAGUCCAGAGGGGGCCCAGGCAGAGGAGUGCAAAAGACUUCAGUAGGGUCCUUGGAGCAGAAGAAGAAUCUCACCACCAGACAAAGCCAGAAUCUUCUUGCCCAUCAUCAAACCAAAACACACAGAAGAGUCCACCUGCCAUUGCCAGCUCUUCCUACAUGCCAGGAAAGCACAGUAUACAAGCCAGAGACCAUACAGGUAGCAUGCAGCACUGUCCUGCUCAGAGAUGCCAAGCUGCAGCCAGCCACAGCCCUCGAAUGCUGCCCUAUGAAAACACAAACUCGGAGAAACCUGACCCCACAAAGCCUGAUGAGAAGGAUGUCUGGCAGAAUGAAUGGUACAUUGGAGAAUACAGUCGCCAGGCAGUGGAAGAUGUGUUAAUGAAAGAGAACAAGGAUGGUACUUUUUUGGUCCGAGACUGCUCUACAAAAUCCAAGGCAGAACCAUAUGUUUUGGUGGUGUUUUAUGGGAACAAGGUCUACAAUGUGAAAAUCCGUUUCCUCGAGAGCAAUCAACAGUUUGCCCUGGGCACAGGACUACGAGGAAAUGAGAUGUUUGAUUCUGUGGAAGACAUCAUUGAACACUACACAUAUUUUCCCAUUCUGCUAAUAGAUGGGAAAGACAAGGCUGCACGCAGGAAACAGUGCUACCUCACCCAGCCACUGCCUCUCGCCAGGCUCCUUCUCACUCAGUACUCCAGCCAGGCACUUCAUGAGUAAGAAGCCCAGCCAGAUAUCCCCGCAUCAGUGGCCUGGGCCUUGUCUCAUUCCUGGCUCAAUGGAUUCAGUUCUUCUUCCAUCUGCAUUUAUCUCAAAGUAUUAUUUUCUGUGUCUUCAAGGGAUGAUUUUUUGACUCUGUAAAAAAAAAUAAAAAUAUUCUGUAAUGGAACUUAAAAGCUCAAUUAUGACUUGAAAGCUUAAGUCAUUGAAGAAAUAUUUGUAACCUGCAUUAAACCUAGGUUUAAGGAGCAUUUUCUAAACAGAAAAACUACAGACAUGACUGUCAUACAUUAGCGAUGAGACAAGAUCUGACUGCUCCAGUGUUUACAGAGGGUGUGAGAUUCCCCCAACUGUUACUCUGUCCAGGACAUCAGGGGUCAAUGACUGUAUUUUAUAACCUCUUGACCUAGGAUGCUAAUUUUGGAUGGUCCUGUAUGUUGGUGAAUAUUAGCUCUAUUUAUCUGUAACUAGAAGAGGAGCAGCGUGAGGAACAAGAGCCCUUGUGAAUACCAGCUUGAAGGCAGACAGCAGAAAUCUGUGGACUAUGAUGUGAAGUGGCCUCAGGUCCGUGAUUCGGCCUCCUCUGUGAACUGUGACAUCAAUGGAACCAGCAGAUCCAUAGCAAGGAUCUCAGAGGAUCCUGGCUCAUCCCAAGCAAAAGCAGGCAUUCGUGCGAGUAGCAGUGAAGACAUUUUUAAGAGUUUAAUAACGCAUUUCCGUUCAAGGGAAGAGAAGAGCUGUCCUCAAACCUGUGCUGCUGCGUACAGCGGCACAGCACAUGGUGAUCCUGUUUCUUCUCGGGCAAAGAGGGUUUGCAUUUACUCCUACUUCCUAACACAGAUGCAGCAGUGGACACUCAAACAAGUCUCUGAUGUCUUUUAGGACAAGAAGCAAGCCCAGACUGUAACCUAUUUUGCCUGUUCAACAUCACUGCAUCAUCCCAGUUAUAUCCUCCACUCUGGAAUGUUUAAAUUGAGCUCAGGAAGGGAGAGAGGGAGGAAGGGAAAGGGGAGAGAGGGAGGAAGGUUAGGAGGGAGGGAGGGAAGCAAAAAUGAAGUGGGGGGGGGGGGAGAGGCUUUAAAAAUACUUAUUUAUCCACCAUAAAUUCUUAUACUACAGUAAGUUCAACAAAAUGAAAUAGCUAUACCUUAUGCCAUGACUUCAGUUAUCACCAAAUGCCACAUGUAAAAUUCAUGGAGCAGUAAUGCAAUUUGAGUUUUCAUGAAGGGAUAAAACCAACAGAAGGCAGGAGAUGUAGCAAAGUUGGUAACUAAGAUUAGUUGUAGCUAAGAUGUAGCUAAGAAUGCAUUCCUACCCCUAGAUUAAAUCCCCUGCCCUGCCGGGGUGUGGUGGUGCACACCUUUAGUCCAAGCACUCGGGAGGCAGCAGCAGGCAAAUUUCUGAGUUCAAGGCCAGCCUGGUCUACAAAGUCAGUUCCAGGACAGCCAGGGCUACACAGAGAAACCCUGUCUCAAAAACCAACCAAACAAACAAAAAAAUCCCCUACCCUGUAAAAAACUGAGUGUGGUGGUACACACCUAUAAUCUUAGCACAUGGGAGGUAACGGUAGAAGGGACAGACUCUCAAAGCAUCCUUGGCUACAUAGCAAGUUUAAAGCUAGCCUGGAUUACAUAAGACCAUAUGAAAGAAGAGAAAGAGACAGAGACAGAGACAGAGACAGAGACAGAGAGACAGACAGAGAAACAGAGAAAGAGAGACAGAAUCAAAUGAAAACAGAACAAGCAAUCCCCAACAUUGUCUCUUCUGUAAAAUGGCAGACAAGGUGCUCUCCGGGAAAGGCUCUUGGCAUCUGUCCACAGACACCUGCUUGGUAUUCUUUACAAGACCAAGGGCACACAAUGCAUCAGAUAGGCAGAGGCUGACAGCAAAGAGCCUCCUAAAGCUGGACAAAGGGGGAAUGAGCCGAGGAGAUGGGAAUACGUCUUGUGCUACCACCCGUGAGAAGGGGAAAAGGGACAGCAGAAACCAUGCAAGCCUAGGCCACAUCUCUGGAGUCUUAUCCAUGUUGUCAUAUGAUCCAGACCAGAGUUUGCCCAUAGACUAGAGCAUCAUGCUAAGCAGAAAAGGCCAGGAUCUGGUGCCUCUCUAUGCCAACUCAUUGACUGGAUAUCUGAACUUUGAGUUCUGUGGCAGACACAGAAAGUACUUGCCAGGCACUUGUCCACCGAGUUGCUGGUCAACACCCCCGUGUUUGCUGUUUUCAGUGUCUGUUACAAUAAGAGUAUUUUGCUUGCAAUAGGUAGCUAAAGGAUAGCAUAUGAAAAACUCAAUGUAUUUUAUUCUCACAAUAGAUACUUCUAACACUUUGGCUAGCUCUUAAUGGCCAUGUGUUUGUGGCUAAAGUGGGAGCUGGGAAGUACAGCUUUUCUGCUCUCCAUUUCUUGGUUUUAUUGGAUCUCUGGAUGGAAAAUCAGUGAUGGGUCGCACACUAGAGUGUUCUUAUCUGCCCAACCCUUAUCUCAUUUUCCAUUUUUAAAAUGUCAUUUGAUGCCUAGCUGAAGCAGGAUGGUGGCAUUUCAGCUUCAUCUGAUUACAGCAUCUGUGUAUCCCAGAGAUUUCCUUUGGACCACAUAUCCAUACUGAGUCCGCAUAUCCAUCUGCAUCUCGGCCAUUUAUCCUGCAGGACUGUCACAGCCCUUGCUGCAUGCUGUGUGUGUCCUUGUUGCUAGGUGCUGCUGUAGAUGCUGGAAGCAUUGGAGUGAGUGAGAGACACAGAGCAGUAAGUGCCCAAAUAAAUAGGUAAUUCAGGUUGCUUACCUUCCCUCUUCUGUAGCUCUGUGUUCAUAGAACACUGAGAUCUUUGGGGUGAGGAAAAUGUUAAAUAUUUCUUAAGACUCCUUUAAUGUGACUUCGAAAAGUCCUGAAACCAGAAAAUAUUUAACCAACUUAGUUGAAAGGAGACUUUUCUUCCAGAAGAGACAGGUUUGAGGGGUGGGGUAGAAGAAAGCAACUGAUUAAACUACAUUAUAUCUAUAAGCAAUUUAAUCAUUCUAAUUAUGAUGAAAAAGUCAAACUUAACUCAUUGUCAGAUACACUUAUUACCAUGUGUGUGGACACGGGCAAUUGGUAAAGAUGGCCUAUAUUAUUUAUGACUCACGUUAUGAUCAUACAUCUAUUGUUUACACCUUCAGAAUAUGUGUUCCAGCUAAGCACUUCUGUCUUUGAAUAUUUGGAGUUUACCGAUAGCUAACUUAAAUGUAAGCAAAUAUGUAACUCAGUGUUCUUAUAUUACCUGUAACUGAGCUGUGAAGGGUGGACUUCAAGCAUAGUUUAUUUUUCUUUGUUCCAUGAGUUACUGAAUCUAAAGCACUUUGGGGAUCAUACUCAGGGCAAAGUUAAGAAAUAUUUCUAGAGCAGUCAUUGGCAUGAGAGCGGUUUACUAGAUUCUAGGAAUGAAGGUGAGAGAGAGACACAGGCCACGUGACUCACAGCUCAGAGGCAGGCAAAUUGUUGUCCAACUAGCCAAAAAAGGAAAAAAAAAUUAAAGCACAAGCAAAGAGGAGGGGUUGGCUGGGAACUUGGCCUGCUAAUAGCUGUAUCAAAGGUUCCAAUCAGUAUAGACGACACUAGAGUCUCCUCAAAAACUAAAAGGAGACAUACCCGUAGACUCGGUAGGCCAAGCCUAAGUGCCUAUCCGGAAGAACUGAUGGGAGGACCUUGAAGAACUGUCUGCACCCACUGUGCUUGUUGAAUUGUUUGCAACAGGCAAGAUUUAAAGGAUCAGACUAAUCCUUCCCCACUGGAUUAAAAUCAUGUGUCACACGUCCUCACAGGGAAGUACUGAACAACCAUAGUGAAGAAGCUUAGCUAGAGGCGACAACAUGGGAUGGAACAGGUGGAUCGUAUACACAUCAAUGUAAAAUAGAACUCUCAGUAUAGUAGGUGAAUAACCGUAGAGAUGUACCUUACAACAUCAUACCUGUGGUCAACAGCAAUGUAUUGCACAUCUAAAAUUAGAUUAUGAAUUGAUCUCAUGUGAAAUACUCUUACCACGAAAGGAGGGCGGGCCGGGGGAGGGGAGAGCUUGGGAGGCACUGCUCUGUUUAUUACCUUGAUUGCAGUCAUGGGUUCAGAAAUGUGUUCAUGCCUCCAAGUAUAUCCAGAUGUGCACAAUCAAGUGUGUGAUGUUUGCACCCCUCUCCCAUAUCAGCUACACAUCUACAAAGCAAUCUUUUAAGAAGAAGUGUGCAAGCUAACAAAUUCCUGCAAGACAGAACAAUAGAUUCCUAAGUCCCUUCUUUGUCUGUCCCUGCACUGGAAGGAGUAGACUUGUUGGGAGGUGUGGCCAGGGAAAACUUUGAAGAGAUGUUCAGGCUUGAAUUUGAAGAGACUUGAAGGGAACCCCUAGCGUUGGGAAAGAACUUAGUCCAUGUGGUGACCUUGUGUCCUAAAAUCUAGGCUUCGGGGGUGAGGUCAAGCAAUGACCACAUGUUGGGGGGUUAGAUGAGACAUCAGAAGCAGCAUUCUCAGGGAAGGAACAGGUAGUUAUUAAAUAGUUCUAGGGAAACUGGUUCUCUGACCAGAAAGGAAAAAAAACUGUAAUUAUGCCUCUCCUUCAAGUCAUAACAAAAUAUGUUCUGUAUAAAUGAAAUAGCUGCAAGCAAAGUCAGAAUUGAGUCCUGUUUUCUCAUCUAAUAAUUUUUAUGACUUUGGGAUAGAGAAGGUGCUCUUAAACAGGAUGAAAACAUAAAUCAUAAAGGGAAAGAUUGAUAGAUUCAUUACAUCAAAAUUGCAAAUGUUUGCAAGAGUCAGGCAAAGCCAAAAGGCAAUUAAACAACAUGACAUGUGUAUACAAAAGGCAUAAACAACUCAGAGAAGAAAACUCCAGGCCUGAAACUUAGGUCAUGCAGCCUUGCUGAGUGUGGAGCCAUCAGAAGUGGGCAGACAGGGUCAUUACUGUUAGCCCAGCCCCGUGGUUCUCAGCCUUCCUAAUGCUGCACCCUUUAAUACAGUUCCCCUUAUUGUCAUGAUC